AACAGUGUCCAGAAGGAAUAAUUGUCUCUGUCAUAGCGUCGUAUUCAUGCAAAGAUAAUGUUCGCUUGGAUCCUUUUCGGUUUACUCUGCCUGGUCUCCGGCCAGCUAGAUCUACCCCCUCUAAACGAAGAUUCUCGUAACAAUUUUGGGAGACGAUUUCCACCCACAGAAGCGCAGUUACAAGAUGUUUUAGCCAGAUUAGAUUUCCUUGGUACCGAAAGAUGCAGUGCCAAUGUGGCAGGACAGUGGGCUUACGAAACGGACGUGAACGAGUACACGCAGCUGCAGGCGCUGGAAGCUCAGAGGAUAUACGCAGACUUUCAAAAUCAGGCCUGGUUCUGGAUUUCGAGGAUCGACAAAGAUAACAUUAGGGAUCCUGUGAUCAGAAGACGUCUCAGAUAUUUAUCUGUGGUUGGACCAUCUGCUCUUCCACCGGAUCAAUUGGACAGGUACAAUAGCGUGAUCAACGACAUGCUGGCGGUGUACAACGAUGCCAGUAUUUGCGCGUACAACGAUCCCUUCCGGUGCGGGCUGCGGCUCUAUCCAGAUAUAUCGCAAAUUAUGGCAAAAAGCCGCAAUUGGGACGAAUUGCAAUAUGUUUGGGCAGAAUGGAGAAGACGUAGUGGAAUGAGGAUCAAGGAUCUCUAUCAACAACUUGUUACGUUAAACAAUGAAGCAGCUAGGCUAAACAAUUUUACCGAUGCAGCCGAAUAUUGGAUGUUCCCCUAUGAGUCUCCUAAUCUACAACAAGACAUCGAGGAAGUGUGGGAAAUGAUACGUCCUCUUUACGAAGAGUUACACGCGUACGUUCGAAGGAAAUUGAGGGAUUUAUAUGGACCAGAGAAGAUCGGCACUCAUGCUCCUCUUCCAGCUCAUAUUCUUGGUAACAUUUGGGCGCAGUCGUGGACCAACAUCAUCGACAUCACAACACCGUAUCCAGGGAAAUAUUACCUAGACGUGACGCAGGAAAUGCAGGCACAGGGUUACACGCCUAUUGAGAUGUUCAGGAUCGCGGAAGAAUUCUAUCUGUCCUUGAACCUGAGCGCGAUGCCGCCGGAAUUCUGGGCCGGAAGUAUAAUCGUGGACCCUGGAGAUCGGCCUUUGAUUUGCCAGGCUUCCGCUUGGGACUUUUGCAAUCGUUUAGACUACAGAAUUAAAAUGUGCACCAAGAUCACAAUGAAGGAUUUAAUCACGGUGCAUCACGAGAUGGCUCACAUUCAAUAUUUCUUACGCUACAGUGGAUUGCCUCGUGAAUUCAGAGACGGCGCCAAUCCAGGAUUUCACGAAGCUGUGGGUGAAGCCGUGGCCCUUAGCAUUGGCACUCCCCGUCACCUUCAAACUCUCAGUUUGGGAAGCAAGUACAUCGACGAGCCCACAGCGGAUAUAAAUUACCUAUUCUCUCUGGCGAUGGAUAAAUUAGUGAUGCUGCCGUUUAGCAUCGCGAUGGACAGAUGGCGGUGGGACGUCUUCCGUGGUUACAUCAGCAGGGAAGAGUACAACUGCCACUGGCAUCGAUUGAUGGAACAAUACGCUGGAAUCAAGCCGCCUGUUCUGAGAACCGAGGAUGACUUCGAUCCUGGUGCCAAGUAUCACAUACCAGCGAAUAUUCCUUACAUUCGGAAUUUCGUGGCAGGGGUCCUCCAGUUCCAACUGUAUCGCGCGCUGUGUCAAGCAGCUGGACAAAGGUACGACGAUGAUCCCAGGAGGCCUUUGCACAGAUGCGACUUCUACAGGAGUCCGGACGCUGGCAGGAUAUUGGGAAAAAUUAUGGAGAGAGGCUCGUCGAUCCCGUGGCAGGAGACGCUCCGAGAAGCUAUAGGCGAGGACAGACUGGACGCGUCCGCGCUCAGAGAGUACUUCAGGCCUCUCGAAGAUUGGCUGAGAACGGAGAACUUGAGAACCAGCGACAUCGUCGGCUGGUCUUACGACGGAGAUUACUGCAAGCGCAGCAUCGAGACCGCCGGUCUGCAGGUCUACGGAAGCGGAUUCUACGGCAAAGCGACGACGACGAGCGCGACGACAAUCCUGCCGGCGAUCACGAUGAUUCUCUCAACGAUUUCGAUACUUCAUUAAUAAAGGAGAGAUUUUUUUUUUUACGGAACAGUGAGUCGAAUGUUCAAACAAGGUUAUGCAAUUCCGAACGUUUGAAAACACUUUUCCCCUUCUUCGGGAUAGAGAAACCUCCCGAUCAACCAAUACAGUCAGAAACCAAAAAAAAAGAAGGACCAAAUAAGAUGUACGAUGUUAGGUUGGUGUGUAUGAAAUGUGUCUUUUUUUUUCUUUUUUUUUUUUAAUUUAGAUUUAACGCUAAAACUACCGACAAAUAAAGCAUAAAAUUUCCAUCAGAGACAUUAAAGUAAAUGAAACCAGAAAAUCUUUAUGAUAAAACAGGGUACGCAAGCUUCUGUUUAUGUAUUUUACGAGAAAUCAAGUCUCUAAAAAUACACUGUUUUAUAUCUAACAAACUGUUUUCUAAAAUAUCUAACAAAAGUUAUCAAUUGGUCAUUUUGACUGCUUUGGUAGUUCUAAUGUUGAAACUGGAACUGUAAAGUAAAGUGAAUUUUUUAGAGAAAUCUUAUAGACUUGCAAUGAUACAUUUUCCGAUAUCUGAGUAAUUUCUCAAUAAAAGCUUGUGUUCUUCAACACGUAUUCAAACACGUUUUCCUGUUCCAUGUAAUUUAAUUUCUCUGAUGCAAGUUUUACACUUUAAUCAUCGAUGAUUCUAUUAGAGACACCUCGAUUAAAAUAACUAGUUCCCAAAUUCCAGUUUCUGAAUUCUGAAUAAUUUACAAACUUUCUAAAUUUCAUUUGUCGCGAAUUGAAACAUUAAAUUUCAUUUUGUUACGUGCGAUCAGUAACAAAUUUUUAUGAUAAAAAAAAAUUUGCUAGACGAGCUUGAAAGGAAAAAGCGACUAGACUGACCUAACGCCUAAACAGAGCGGUAAAAGCUCGAUCGAGAACGAGCGAUUUUCACGCGAAAGAGAAGGCGUCGAGUUGGAAACGUCGCGUGCGUCCUCUAAUUAUCGUUAUUGUUGUAAGUAUCCGUUGCUAAUUUAACCGCGAGCCGUGACAAUCGUACGCGCGUGCAAUUAAGCUCGCGUGCGAGCUGCGCUCAUGCGAGCGCAUAAAUCGUUUCAGCGUGUCGAGGGCCGUUCCUCGUGUCGCCCGCCUUCAAACAACUCGGCCCCGGCGUUUAAUAAAGACAAAGAGAUUUACGUCCUCCGUUGUUAAACAGUGCCAGAUAAACGGUACGAGACAGGCACGAGUCGCGCUUUUCUUCUCUGAAACUCCAGUUUAAUGCCAGAACUGCCACUGCCAGUCACGGCGAUCGAUUUAUAAUUUUUCUUUUCUCACCAUCGGAAUUUUCAUCACAAAACACAGCGAUGCAUCUCUCCAGAAUCUUUUUGUAAUUUCUCAAAUCUUUUUUUUUUCUUAUUUUUAAUGGAGCCUUUAUUAUCGGUGGGGAGAAGAAAGGAGCAAUAUUUCGUCUGGAAUUCUUCUUCUAUAUGUCUGUGAAAUGCCAAAUUCCAAAAAUUCGUUUUAUAUAUAUUGUUCACUGUUGCUUCUUCCAGUUGCAUAAAAUUAAAUCUAACUGUUACUUGAUUCUUGAUAAAAUGGUAAAAAAUCUGAAGUUCUUUGCUUCAAAAAAAAGAAGAAAAAAAGUUAUGAGAUAAAAGGUGCAAAAGUUCUUGAUCUUGUUUCAUAUGUUAAUAUUUAUAAGAUAGCUUUAGGCUUUAGCUAUGUUAAUGUCUCUUAAUCCUUUGAAACUAAAAGCACCUUUCAGAAAGACUAUUAUUGUUCAUCAUUUUCCCGACAUUAUUAAAAUGUCACGUAUUAUGCUCUAAGAAUAAUCGAUGGAAUGGAAUGUCGAUUAAUCGAGAGUUUUUAAAAGAAAAUUUUCUUUUUCCCCAAGAAAGACUACAAAACAAAUAUAGAAAUUCCAGUCAUGUUCAUUCGAAACUUUCGCCAUUUAAAAACAAACUCCAAUAUUUUUAUUCAAAAUAUUUUUGAAACAGUUCGAAACGAACCAUUCUUCUUUUAUCCCUCGUUUCAUAUAGUUUCUCGAAAGAUCAUCGAAAAAACGAUCACGGUGUACUGUUAUUUUGCAGAUGAUCAAGAUUCUACUGUUUACUUCGAUUUCUUCGAUAUAUCUGAAUGUUCGGCAGUGUUCUGGCGUUAACGCGACUGUAAACCCAAUUGUAAAUACAUACUUGCGUGCAUAAGUUUGAUGUGUGAGAUGUCACGACAGAUCGAAUUUAAAAAUAUUAAAAAAAAAAAAGAAAGAACAAGGAAAGAAAGAAAAAGACGAAGAGAUAAGCUCGUUUUCGAAACUGCCUUCGCGAUACGGUUCGUGAGCCACGUUUCAGACAAUCCCACAAAUUCCGUGUAACGUAAUUGGACGAUAUUUCGACCGUAAAAUGGGAAACGAGCUCGGUUUGUAACGGCCGUACGAACUUAACGUUCUCUCGUUCGGCAUCGUUGCAAUUUUCAUGAGGAGAAAAUCUAUAUUCCGUAUUAGCCUUAGUAUAUAUGCGUUUUGUACCAUCGAUCGCGUGCGUUGUUCAUUGAGCAUCGUAUAUUCGUUAAGGCGAAUUAUUUUUACCGUAAUGCGUUCUCCUUUCCUGGGAGAAAAUCGUAUGUGUAAACACGAGUUGUUAGCCGAAGCUUUAAACAAAUAUACAUAUUUUAACCACAA